CCGCCAUGUUGCACAGGUUGGAAGGGAAAGAGUGCGAGCAUCUUGACGAGCGUCCGCGUCCUCGUUCAGCGCUUUCAGCGCUCAGCGGUCCGAUACUGUUUACUGGUACAUAUGAUCCUGCCCAUCAAACAUGCGCUUGCGAGCUGUGCAUAGCCCACCCACAUAUACUUAGCCUCGCGAACCUCACACCCCUUUCCCUUUCCUCUCAUCCCCUGCAUUCGGACACUUCGUCAAAGCUACACUUCUGCUACACUCUGUGAUCACUGAGAACUCGAACUAUGGAUACAACUCCGGGAAACAUCAACUCUGAGCCAUCCAGUCCUCUGACUGUGCCCACCUCAGAGCAUUCUGACUUGACUGUACCUGAAAUAUCAAUCAUACAACCUUUGGAGGGUUCACAGUUAACCCCAUCUCCUUCAGACCCUCAGAUUCUGAAUAUGCCAGCACAACUCUCAAACCCAAGUUCAUCAAUUGCUGUGGGUCCAAGUGGUCUUCUGUUGACAGAGGCAGUUCAGUUUAUAGCAAAAUUUCGAUCAGGAUUUUCCGUAGCAUUAUUGAGAGCAUGUGUCAUGUUGAAGAAUACAAGUGCUGGAAAACUGCUGCACAACAUCAUCAAACUUGUGCUGAAUGACAGCAUGGAGAAUGAAGAAGCACUGCAAUUACACCACACAAGCCUCAACUCAUCUACAUUGAUCACUGGUAUUGAUGCAGAUUUAUCUCAAAUUCAAGGCAACAUUUCAGAUUUUUUUGCACUGGUCCUGGAACAUCUUUCUCAAGAACUUCUGAGAUGUUAUGACAAAUCACAUUUGCUGAGUGAACUAAAAAAGGCCAUUGCUGUGCAGCAAAGAGCAGUGCAGCUGACACCAGAUGAUCAUGCACACAAGUCUGGCCAGCUCAGCAACCUUGGAAACUCCUUCCUGAGCCGCUUCGAACAUGUUGGUAACCUUGCAGAUGUUGACCAGGCCAUUGCUGUGUAGCAAAGAGCAGUGCAGCUGACACCAG